CUUGAAGGGAAUACACAAACCAAAACCAAAAAAUAACCCAAAAAAAAAUAACCCCUUCACAAAGGUUCUCGUUCAGAUACAAACCAACCUCUUGUUACAAAGAAUAAUAAAAACAAGAAGGCAAAAUAGCUAGUUAGCCAGCGAGAAAGAUAUAUAGAUAAAUAAAGAAAUAUAUAGAUAUAUAGAUAAAGAAGUGUAAGAAACAUAAAACACAAAACACGCACACUCUAUCACAAAUAAAUAACCAACCUACCCCUCAUCCCCCCCGCUUUACUCACGUACCACACCAUAAAAAAAAAUCCCACACACAUACACACACAGUCAACUAUCAUAUUACUAUUGCCAUUAAUAUUACUAUCACUAUUUAUACUAUUUACUUACCCUUAUAAAUCAUAAAGUUCCUUUCUAUUCUAUUCUAUUCUAUUCUAUUCUGCUCUACUCUACUCUCUCUAUACAUACACAUACACAUACACCUACACCUACACAUACAUAUACAUAUAUAAAUAUAUUUUAUAUUUAUAUUACAACCAUUUCACACAUUACACUUUAUUCAAAAUGUCCCAUCCAUCCACAAGCCAACCAUUGAGCCAUGAAACGGACGACUGGAAAAAAUCAAUUACUCUCCCAGCAAAAGACACCCGGCCACAAACAGAGGAUGUUACUGCAACCAAAGGCAAUGAAUUCGAAGAUUAUUUUCUGAAGCGUGAAUUGUUAAUGGGAAUCUUUGAAGCUGGAUUCGAACGGCCGUCACCUAUUCAGGAAGAAGCAAUUCCAAUUGCCCUAACCGGCAGAGACGUACUUGCAAGGGCCAAGAACGGCACAGGAAAAACUGCCGCAUUUGUGAUCCCUACUCUCGAGAAGAUCAAUGUCAAGAAACCAAAAGUCCAAGCCUUACUACUGGUCCCCACCCGCGAAUUGGCUCUACAAACAUCCCAAGUAUGCAAAAAUCUCGGUAAGCAUUUGGAUGUCCAGGUGAUGGUGACCACUGGAGGAACCACCUUAAAGGACGACAUCAUGCGUCUCAGCGAACCAGUACAUGUGAUUGUGGGUACGCCAGGCCGUCUCCUCGAUCUUGCCUCAAAGGGCGUGGCAGACUUUAGUGAGGCCACCACAUUUGUCAUGGACGAGGCCGACAAACUUCUCUCGCCAGAAUUCACACCAAUCAUCGAACAGCUCAUCAGCUUUUUCCCAAAGGACCGCCAGAUCAUGCUCUUUAGUGCCACAUUCCCGCUAGUCGUCAAACAUUUCAAAGAAAAAUUCCUUAUCAAGCCCUACGAAAUCAACCUCAUGGACGAACUCACCCUCAGAGGCGUCACACAAUACUACGCCUACGUCGAAGAAAAACAAAAAGUCCAUUGUCUCAAUACCCUAUUCUCAAAACUCCAAAUCAACCAAUCAAUCAUCUUUUGCAAUUCAACAAACCGUGUCGAGUUGCUCGCUAAAAAAAUCACAGAACUAGGCUAUUCAUGUUUCUAUUCUCAUGCAAAAAUGCUUCAGAGUCACCGCAACAGAGUAUUCCACGACUUUAGAAAUGGCGUAUGUCGCAAUUUGGUCUGUUCAGAUCUGUUGACGCGUGGUAUUGAUAUCCAGGCUGUAAAUGUGGUGAUCAACUUUGACUUUCCAAAAAACGCCGAGACAUAUCUUCAUCGUAUUGGACGCUCUGGUCGGUUUGGACACCUUGGUCUCGCAAUCAACCUGAUUACAUAUGAAGAUAGAUUCAAUCUCUACAAAAUCGAACGGGAGCUAGGCACCGAAAUCCAACCAAUCCCACCGAUCAUCGACAAACGUCUUUAUGUUGCACCUAGCUCACUCGAAGAUGCCCAGGUGCAGCAGCCAGAUGUGGAAGCAGCAGCAGCCACAGCACGCCAGCAGAGACAACAGGCUGGUUUACCGCAUGAGGAAUAUGGCCGACAGCAGGGACAUUGGCGACAGAAUGGACGUAACAAUCCGAAUGGCGGAGGUGGGAGAAGAGUUAGUGACGGUGGAGGAGGAGGAGGAGGAGGUGGUGGUGGUGGUGGAGGAGUUAAUGGAAAUGGAGGAAGAAGAGCACCAAACCCAAUGUCUACGGCAAGACCCAAACCUAAACCCAAGCCUUUCUAAACAACAAACGACAAACCAUUGCAAAAAAAAAAGAAAUUCAUUUCUUUUGUGCACCUUGAAAUCUCUUUACUUCUACUUUAUAUUUUAUUAAAGAGUAUUUGUGCUUAUUUUACUUUACUUUAUUUUAUCUUAUCAAUUAUAUCAUAUUUCAUAGCUUGUACCUUAAAGUAUUUGCUGACACGAUGUAUUGCUAAUUAUUAAAUAAAUAAAAGAAUUUAAAAAUAA